AUGACUGUCUUAUCCGUCUUAUCGAGCAUCAUCUUCUCUCCUAUAAUCCUUAUUUUAAGGGCUCUAUCGACUCUACUCCUUCCUGCCACUGUUAUCUUUCGACAUGUUUCAUACUUUUUAUUGUUCUUCUUCUAUUUGCCCUUUGCCUUACUCGCCCGACUUGAGGCCAUUUACAUAUUUUGCGGAACAGCAGCCAUCAUUGGUAUGAUAGCCGGUGUUCUGCUCGGGUUUACGUCGCACAUCUUCUCCGGCGCUCUCGGUCUACACGACGAGACUGAGUCGAUUACACCGUCCAAUCUCGGUCGCUCAAAGAAAAGAGCCCCAUCCCAGGGUUACCAAAGCCCAAUCCCAGUGAAACAGCAAUCUCAUACGCCCAUGGCGCGCAUGCUAUUUCCUCCCUCAAUCCCAACGAUUCUUGAAGAGGAGGACGAAGAUUCCCCAAUUCUUCCAGGAAACCGGAGACGGCGGGGUAAGGCGGGUAACAACGUAGAAGCAUGGUUUAAUGGAUCAGACGAAUCGUCGGAUUUGUGA